CGAGAGUACCGCGACGUCUUUCCCCCGUACUUCUCAUAAAGCGGAAUUCCCCAGAUGCGCGGUGUUAAGCAUUCUAUACAGCUCGUGUCUGACUAUCGUGUUCACCAUCAGGCACCGUACCGACUCUCGAUUCCAGAGGCGACGGAACUCAAGCGUCAGCUUGAGGAUUUCCUUCGACUGGGUUUCAUUAAACCCAGUAACUCCCCUUGGGGUGCACCUGUCCUCUUUGCUCGCAAAGCGGACGGAACACUUCGCCUCUGCAUCGACUACCGCGGCCUUAACCGUUACACGGUUAAGAAAAACUAUCCCAUGCCCUGCGCGGAUGAGUUGUUUGACCGUCUGGCAGGCAACCGCUUCUUCACGAAGAUCGAUCUUCGUAGCAGUUACCACCAAAUUCGCAUUGCCACAGAGGAUCAGCCGAAGACCGCCUUUCGGUCGCGCUUCGGCCACUACGAGUUCACGGUGAUGCCAUUCGGCCUCACCAAUGCCCUCGCCACCUUCCAGACGGCGAUGAACGACAUCUUCAGGGACAUCCUUGAAGAAUACGUUCUCGUAUACCUGGAUGACAUCUUGGUCUACAGUCGUACCUUAGAAGACCAUCUCAGACACCUCCGCGAUGUCCUACAGCGCUUACGCAAGCAUGGCUUCUAUGCCAAGCUCAGUAAGUGCCGCUUUGCCCAGCGCAAAGUGGACUUCCUAGGACACCAUGUGCCUGACCAAGGUCUCCACAUGGACGACGCGAAGAUUACUGCUAUCGUAGAGUGGCCCGUCCCAGCAUUUGCCAAGCAGCUUCACAGUUUCCUAGGCCUCACCAGCUACUAUAGUAAUUUUAUCCAGGGAUGCGCUAGGUAUUCCUACGUCCUUACCUCCACCCUCCUCCGGAAGAACCCGUCGUGGUUUUGGACACCCCUGUGCGAGGACGCCUUUCGCGCCCUCAAGAAGGCGGUGACCUGUGCGCCGGUUCUUCGCCUUCCCGAUUUUGAUCGUCCCUUUAUAGUCACCACCGAUGCGUCAGAUUUUGCAGUAGGAGUUGUCCUUUCUCAGGUGUUUCCCUCUCCUCCAGAUUCACCUUACCCCCAUGUUCCUCCUUUCCCCCCCCCUCCUGCUGACACUUCUUCUCGACUGACGCCUACCCUCCCACCACUUCCCUCCACUGACAGUCCUCCUGUUACUUACUUCUCGACCAUCGUGGAGGAUGGGACUGUCGAGGCUCAUGCUGGGGAUUGCCCGAUCGCUUUCUACUCCCGUCAGCUACUGCCUGCCGAGAUAAACUACACUGUCGAUGAACGUGAGGUUCUCGCAGUAGUUUAUGCUACCCGACAUUGGCGUCAUUAUCUGCAUGGGGUGCCCUUCACGGUGCGCACGGACAACUCAGUUGUCCAGGCUUUCCUCACGAAGCCUAAGCUUUCCCCUCGACAGGCACGCUGGUGGCGUGACUUAUCCGAGUUCAGUUUCACCACUCAGCCCAUCAAGGGUGAAACGAACUGCGUCGCCGAUGCCUUGUCCCGCCGUCCUGAUCACAAUCAGGAACCCAUCCAUCUUGCUGCCAUCUCCAUCACCACUGUUGAUCAGUCGGUGAUCGNUCUUGCUGCCAUCUCCAUCACCACUGUUGAUCAGUCGGUGAUCGACGCGUAUCGCACUCAGUACCGCCACUGCCCCGAUUAUCGCGUCAUCCACGUGACACUGCGGAGUGGCAAGACCGUUCCUUCCUACUCCCUCGGGGAGAACGGCCUCGUGUACUGGCAUGGCAGAUCUGGUCAGCUAGAACCACGUAUCUGCGUUCCCUCCACCAGACAGCUCCGCGUCCAGGUUGUAGCAGAGUUCCAUGACCAGGCAGUUGUCGGUCAUAUGGGUUUCCACAAGACGUUGACUCGUGUUUGCCGCCUAUACGUCUGGGCGAAGUCCAAGGACUUUGUCAAAGCCUACAUCCAGGAGUGUCCUACCUGCCAUGAGGUGAACAGUGCGAACCACCUUCCGUAUGGGUUACUUCAGCCCCUACCCAUACCUGAAGGUUGUUGGCAGUCCAUCUCGAUGGAUUUCAUUGGUCCCCUCCGCCCACCCACUGAGCGCAGUCAUGAUGCUAUCUUGGUCGUCGUCGAUCGCUCACGAAGCGUGCACGUUUUGUCCCGUGCCGCUAUCGCAUUAGCGUUCGUGAGGUCGCCGACAUCGUCUUCGACCGAGUCGUGAGAGAUCACGGCUUACCUCAUAGCAUCAUCUCCGACCGUGACCCGCGCUUUACCAGCACAUUCUGGCGAUGCCUACACGAGGUGUACGGAUCCCAGCUCCGCUUCUCAUCGUCUUACCACCCUCAGACGGAUGGUCAGACUGAGGUCACCAAUAAAACUCUCGGUAAUAUCCUCCGAAAGUUUGUUAGGGAUGACCAGCAGUGGGACUUACACUUAGCCUACGCGGAGAUUGCAUACAACCACGUUGUUUCGCUAGCCACGGGGAUGUCGCCAUUCUAUUGCGACCUCGGCUACCACCCUCGCGUACCCGCGGAUUUCCUACGACCAUCGCGGUUGCGCCUCGACACUCGUUGCCCUGCGCUUGACGACUGGAUCGCCCACAUGGAGGCGAUAAUGAAGCGCGCACACGAGA